AUGGAUUUGAAACUUAUCGCGAAACGCGAUAACUUAGACCUUCCGGGUGGUGUGAUAUCUAGUACUGUAUUUAUUAACGAAUAUGGUAUUUACGAUCUUGUAUUAGGUUCCAGACUACCCGCCGCAAAAGAAUUUAAGUGGUGGGUCAUUAGCGACGUUCUUCCCUCCAUCCGGAAAACUAGAAAGUAUGCGCUAUCCGGAGCAAUGCCAGCUAUAGAUAACGUAAAGGACGAUGAAUUGCGACAACUUUCAUGUUCUGAACAUCCGGAAGCACGUUGUAAACUCGUUCAUAAGAGUAACAUCGUAAAAGAUCCGGGUGCAAUUUUACGUGGGAAAAAAGGCGGAUUAGCUGCUCAGGAAAAAAUUAGAGAGACUAGAAAAACAGCACGUGAAAGGGGAAUGAAAAUUCUAGAACUUGAAGCCGAACGAGAUGAACUGGAAGAAGAAGUGGAUGAAAGAGACGAAAGGAUUUGUAGGCUCAAGGAAGAGAAUGAAAGACUUACAGAAAAAGUGACGAAUUUACUUACCGAGAACGAAAGACUUUGGCUCGAAAAUAAAAAACUUAUGAAAGAAUAA